CGCGGGCCCGUGUGGGGCCGGGGGUCCCGCUCUGAUCCCGGUCUCAGUGCCGAGCCUGGGCCCGCUCUUAGUCCUGGCAGAGAGAAACCAGGCCAGUGGCACGGCUCUGGAUGGUGGGGAUGUGCUCGCAUCUCGCUUUGUUCUCCCCUGAUCAAAGCCACGCAGAUGGAUUUGUUCUGGUAACUUUCCGUUGUGUUGAGGGUCAGACAAACCUUUGACAGGAUGUUGGGAUUCCUGAAGGAGCCAGUUGUGGUCACUGCGAAGAUCAAUGUGAGCCUUGUGGCACUGACUGUGAUGGGAUUAAUAAGUCGUCUCUGGGGGCUUUGCUAUCCUCGGGCUGUGGUUUUCGAUGAAGUUUAUUAUGGCCAAUUUGUUUCACUCUACAUGAAGAGGAUCUUCUUUGUGGAUGACAGUGGCCCACCCUUUGGCCACAUGCUGCUGGCCUUGGGAGGUUACUUAGGAGGAUUUGAUGGAAACUUCCUCUGGAACAGGAUUGGAGCUGAAUACAGCAUGAAUGUUCCUGUGUGGUCCCUGCGACUCCUGCCAGCCCUGGCUGGUGCUCUCUGUGUGCCUUUAGCCUACCAGAUUUUGGUUGAACUGCACUUCUCCCACUGUGCUGCACUUGGAGCUGCUCUUCUGAUUCUCUUGGAGAACUCUCUGAUCACUCAAUCAAGGUUCAUGCUUCUGGAAUCAAUACUGAUUUUUUUUAUCCUGCUUGCAGUUUUGUCCUACCUGAAGUUCUACAAUUUGCAAAAGCACAGUGCCUUCUCUGGAAGCUGGUGGUUUUGGCUCCUGCUGACUGGAGUAGCCUGUUCUUGUGCAGUUGGAGUGAAAUACAUGGGCCUGUUUACCUAUAUGCUGCUCUUGGCCACUGCAGGACUCCACUUCUGGCACAUGAUAGGAGACCAGACCUUGUCAAAUGUUUCCUUGCUGUGCCAUUUUCUAGCCCGGGGUCUGGCCCUCAUCAUCAUCCCCAUGGGGCUGUACCUCUCCUUCUUCUACGUUCACUUGGCUUUGCUGUAUCGCUCUGGGCCUCACGACCAGAUCAUGACAAGUGCUUUCCAAGCCAGCCUAGAGGGUGGGCUGGCUCGGAUCACUCAGGGUCAGCCCUUAGAGGUGGCCUAUGGCUCUCAGAUCACCCUGCGGAACGUGCUGGGCAAGCCCAUGCAGUGCUGGCUCCACUCUCACACCAACACUUACCCCAUCAGGUAUGAGAAUGGCCGAGGGAGUUCCCAUCAGCAGCAGGUGACCUGCUAUCCCUUCAAGGAUGUGAACAACUGGUGGAUUGUCAAAGAUCCUGGAAUGCAGCAGCUGGUGGUGAGUAACCCCCCACGGCCUGUCAGGCACGGGCACAUCGUGCAGCUGGUCCACGGCAUCACAACUCGCUACCUCAACACGCAUGAUGUUGCUGCUCCUCUUAGCCCCCACUCCCAAGAAGUUUCCUGCUAUAUCGAUUAUAACAUCUCCAUGCCAGCACAGAACCUCUGGAGAGUGGAAAUUGUAAAUCGCGAGUCUGACACGGAUGUCUGGAAGACAAUUCUGUCAGAAGUGAGGUUUGUUCACCUGAACACCUCUGCAGUGCUAAAGCUCAGUGGAGCAUCUCUGCCUGAGUGGGGAUACCGGCAGCUGGAGGUGGUUGGAGAGAAGCUGUCCAAAGGCUACCACCAGAGCAUGGUGUGGAAUGUGGAGGAGCACAGAUAUGGGAAAAGCCAAGAACAAAAAGAGAGGGAAGUGGAACUCCACUCUCCCACACAGAUGGACAUCAGUAAAAACCUCAGCUUCAUGGCAAAGUUCACAGAAUUGCAGUGGAAAAUACUCACAUUAAAAAAUGAAGACACAGAACACAAGUACAGCUCCUCUGCCCUGGACUGGAUCACAAUGGACACCAAUAUUGCCUACUGGCUCCACCCCACCUCAGGGGCCCAGAUCCACCUCCUUGGGAAUGUUGCCACCUGGGUUUCAGCUAAUGCUGCUGCUCUGGUUUACCUGUGUCUGUCCCUGUGGUACUUGCUGCGCCGAAGGAGGAAGAUCUACGACAUCCCUGAAGAUGCCUGGCAGCUCUGGAUGUCAGCGGGAGGCAUUUGUGGUGGAGGCUGGGCUGUGAAUUACCUGCCCUUCUUCCUGAUGGAGAAAACCCUUUUCCUGUACCACUACCUGCCUGCUGUCACAUUCCAGAUUCUCCUGAUUCCUGUGGUACUGCAGCAUCUCAGCGAUCAUCUCUGCAGAUCUGUGCUGCUCAGGAGCAUGUUCAGUGCCCUGGUUGUAGCCUGGUUCUCCUCGGUGUACUUUGUGUACUGCACCUUCAGCCCCGUGACCUACGGGCAGCCUGCGCUGUCCCUCACCGAGCUCAAGGCCCUGCGCUGGAAGGACACCUGGAACAUCCUGAUCCGAAAGCAGUGACCACUCCAGCCUGCCUACAGCGAAGGGAAACACCUCUUGUGCAAAGCCAAGAAUUUAUUGUUAGAAUCAUGGAAAUCUUAACAGUCACUUCAGGUAUUUUGUAGUAGUCAAGAUCUAAUGAUUACAGGAGAAAAUAAAGGAACGCUGUUACA